CGGGAAAGAUUUGGGAUUUUAGGUUAUCUAUUGAGUUCAGUUCAUUCAUUUUUGCGCCAUCAAUGGCUUCAGCGAAAGACGCCGAUCCAACCCUAGGGUACCUGACCCGAAAGGACACGGAAGUGAAGCUCCCGCGGCCAACCCGGGUCAAGAACAAAACUCCGGCGCCGAUUCAGAUCACUGCCGAGCAGAUCCUCCGCGAGGCCCGGGAGCGCCAGGAGGCGGAGAUCCGUCCGCCGAAGCAGAAGAUCACUGACGCCAACGAGCUCUCCGAGUACCGCCUCCGCAAGCGCAAGGAGUUCGAGGACCUCAUUCGCCGGGUCCGAUGGAACAUCAGCGUCUGGAUAAAGUAUGCGCAGUGGGAGGAGUCGCAAAAGGACUUCAAACGCGCGCGCUCCGUGUGGGAGCGAGCGCUCGAGGUCGACUACCGGAACCACACGCUGUGGCUCAAGUACGCCGAGGUGGAGAUGAAGAACAAGUUCAUCAACCACGCGCGCAAUGUCUGGGACCGCGCGGUGUCGCUCCUGCCGAGAGUGGACCAGCUUUGGUACAAGUACAUCCACAUGGAGGAGAUGCUCGGCAACGUUGCCGGCGCCAGGCAGGUGUUCGAGCGCUGGAUGAACUGGAUGCCGGACCAGCAGGGCUGGCUCUCGUACAUCAAGUUCGAACUUCGCUACAAUGAAGUCGAGCGAGCUAGGCAGAUCUUCGAGCGGUUUGUUCAGUGCCACCCCAAGGUAGCCGCGUGGAUCAGGUACGCCAAGUUCGAGAUGAAGAACGGCGAGGUCGUUAGGGCGAGGAGUGUGUACGAGAAGGCGGUGGAGUUGCUCGCCGAUGAUGAGGAGGCCGAGCAAUUAUUCGUCGCCUUUGCUGAGUUUGAGGAGCGGUGCAAAGAGACCGAGCGCGCGAGGUGUAUCUACAAGUUUGCGCUUGAUCAUAUACCGAAAGGGAGGGCCGAGGACUUGUAUAAGAAGUUUGUAGCGUUUGAGAAGCAGUUUGGGGAUAGAGAAGGUAUUGAGGACGCCAUUGUGGGGAAGAGGAGGUUUCAGUAUGAGGACGAGGUGAGGAAGAAUCCACUGAAUUAUGAUUCGUGGUUUGAUUAUAUUCGGUUGGAAGAGAGUGUUGGGAAUAAGGAGAGGAUUAGGGAGGUUUAUGAGAGGGCCAUUGCUAAUGUUCCUCCGGCUGAGGAAAAGCGGUAUUGGCAGCGGUAUAUUUACUUGUGGAUUAAUUAUGCGCUAUAUGAAGAGCUUGACGCCAAAGACUCUGAACGAACGAGAGAAGUGUAUAGGGAGUGUCUUAAGCUGAUUCCUCAUGAGAAAUUCUCUUUUGCUAAAAUAUGGCUUUUAGCUGCCCAGUUUGAGAUUCGGCACCUGAACCUCAAGGCUGCACGACAAAUUCUAGGAAAUGCAAUUGGCAAAGCUCCUAAAGAUAAGAUAUUCAAGAAGUAUAUCGAGAUAGAGCUGCAGCUUGGAAAUAUAGAUCGCUGUAGGAAACUUUAUGAGAGGUAUCUAGAGUGGUCGCCAGAGAAUUGCUAUGCAUGGAGCAAGUACGCAGAGUUGGAGAGAUCUUUGUGUGAGACUGAGCGAGCUAGGGCUAUUUUUGAGCUUGCGAUUGCCCAACCAGCUCUGGAUAUGCCAGAGUUGCUGUGGAAGACCUAUAUUGACUUUGAAAUAUCAGAGGGUGAGUUUGAAAGGACCAGAGAACUCUAUGAGAGACUUCUGGACAGAACUAAGCACCUGAAGGUAUGGAUAAGCUAUGCCAAGUUCGAGGCAUCUGCUAUGGAGGAUGGUGGGGGUUCGGAUCUGGCAGAAGAAGAUCUCCAGGAACAAACGAAGCAUUGCAUUCAGCAUGCAAGAAGGGUGUUUGAGAAAGCUAUAAACUAUUUUAGGACUUCUGCACCUGAACUGAAAGAAGAAAGGGCGAUGCUCUUGGAAGAAUGGUUGAAUAUGGAGAGUAGCUUUGGCAAGCUAGGAGAUGUUAGUCUAGUCCAGAGUAAGCUGCCAAAGAAGCUGAAAAAGAGAAGGCAGAUUGUAACUGAGGAUGGUCCUUCUGGGUAUGAGGAGUAUAUUGACUAUCUGUUCCCAGAAGAAACUCAGACUACAAAUCUUAAGAUAUUGGAAGCUGCGUACAAGUGGAAGAAACAAAAGAUAUCUUCGGAUGACGACUAGCAUGGUAACAUGCUUUUUCUUUGGUGUAAAUACACAUUUUUUAUUACUUUAACUGGGUGAAAAUGAAAUAGUGUACCUGCUAAUGAGAUUCUUCUAGAAUUUUGAGGGAACUAAAGUAUUCUGGGGAGUGUUUAGGAAUUUAGAUUCUGAGAAGGUGAGGAAACAACACUCUUAAGGGCUCAAAGUAAAAAUGUAUGGUUGGUCAAUUCCAGUAAUGCACUUUGAACUCUCAUAUUUGAUUA